AUGGGCACGUUGCGCGAUCUCCAAUACGCAUUACAAGAGAAGAUCGAGGAAUUAAGACAGCGAGAUGCACUUAUCGAUGAGCUGGAACUGGAACUCGAUCAGAAGGACGAGCUGAUCCAGAAACUGCAGAAUGAAUUGGAUAAAUACCGCUCUGUUAUUAAACCGGCUACCCAGCAAGUCCACAAACGGAGCGUCUUGCAGGAACAGCAAAGGACCAAGAGACAGGCAAUUUCAGCCGAGCCCACUGCUUUUGAUAUCCAGGAUCUCAGCCACGUUACCCUGCCGUUCUACUCCAAGAGCCAACAGUCCAAGGACUUAAUCAAGGGAGCUAUUCUGGACAAUGACUUCAUGAAGAACCUAGAGUUAUCUCAGAUCCAGGAAAUUGUAGACUGCAUGUAUCCGGUUGAAUAUGGCAAAGACAGCUGCAUUAUCAAGGAAGGUGACGUGGGAUCACUGGUCUAUGUUAUGGAAGAUGGGAAAGUGGAGGUGACUAAGGAGGGUAUGAAGCUAUGCACCAUGGGUCCCGGGAAGGUUUUUGGGGAGCUUGCCAUCCUCUACAACUGCACCAGGACAGCCACCGUGAAGACUCUCGUCAACGUGAAGCUGUGGGCUAUCGACCGUCAGUGUUUCCAGACCAUUAUGAUGCGGACAGGACUGAUCAAGCAUGCCGAGUACAUGGAGUUUAUAAAAAGCGUUCCCACGUUCCAGGGCCUGCCUGAGGAGAUAGUCAGCAAGCUGGCUGAUGUCCUGGAGGAGACUCACUACGAGGAAGGAGAGUACAUUGUUCGGCAAGGGGCCAGGGGAGACACCUUCUUUAUUAUCAGCAAGGGAAAGGUGAACGUCACCAGAGAGGACUGGCCCAACGAAGAAUCCGUCUAUCUGCGCACGCUGGGGAAGGGGGGCUGGUUCGGAGAGAAGGCUCUGCAGGGGGAGGACAUCCGGACCGCAAACGUGAUCGCAGCCGAAGCGGUCACCUGCCUGGUCAUCGACCGAGAUUCGUAUAAGCACCUGAUCGGAGCUUUGGAGGAUGUCUCGAGCAAAGGCUGUGAGGACGCUGAGGCCAAAGCCAAGUACGAAGCCGAGAAUGCCUUCUUCUCCAGCCUGAACCUGGUGGACUUCAACAUCAUCGACACCCUGGGAGUGGGAGGCUUCGGCCGGGUAGAGCUGGUAACAUGUCCAUGUUUUUCCUUUUGUAGCAAAAUAAAAGUGCAACUGAAAAGCGACGAGACCAGGACUUUUGCCAUGAAGAUCCUGAAGAAGCGGCACAUUGUGGACACCCGUCAGCAGGAGCACAUCCGCUCGGAGAAGCAGAUCAUGCAGGAGGCGCACUCCGAUUUCAUCGUGAGACUGUACAGGACAUUCAAGGACAGCAAGUAUCUGUACAUGUUAAUGGAGGCCUGUCUGGGAGGAGAGCUCUGGACCAUAUUGAGGGACAGAGGUUCCUUUGAAGACUCGACGACCCGCUUCUACACAGCGUGUGUCGUAGAAGCCUUUGCCUACCUGCAUUCCAAAGGCAUCAUCUACAGAGACCUCAAGCCGGAGAACCUCAUACUGGACCACAGAGGAUAUGCUAAGCUGGUGGACUUUGGUUUCGCCAAAAAGAUUGGUUUCGGGAAGAAAACCUGGACGUUCUGCGGAACGCCAGAGUACGUGGCUCCUGAGAUCAUCCUGAACAAAGGCCACGACAUCUCUGCAGACUACUGGUCACUGGGCAUCCUCAUGUACGAGCUCCUGACUGGCAGCCCACCAUUCUCAGGCCCAGACCCCAUGAAGACGUAUAAUAUCAUUCUGAGGGGCAUUGACAUGAUAGAAUUUCCAAAGAAGAUCACCAAAAACGCUGGCAACUUAAUCAAGAAACUCUGCAGGGACAAUCCUUCUGAAAGACUGGGGAACUUGAAAAAUGGUGUCAAAGACAUCCAAAAGCACAAGUGGUUUGAAGGCUUUAACUGGGACGGCUUACAUAAGGGAACACUGACACCCCCCAUCAUCCCCAAUGUCACCUCGCCGACUGACACGAGUAACUUCGACAGUUUCCCAGAGGACAGUGACGAGCCCCCCCCGGACGACACCUCUGGCUGGGACACGGACUUCUAAGACUCGCCUCCCAAAGCCGCCCGCGUUUUUUUUUUUUUUUUUUUUUUUUUGGCCUGGGGGCAGGUUCUUCAGGACAAAGCUGCAAUGCAAAGACUGCACAGAGACGGGGGGUAAAACGCAGGGGGACAAAGAGGCUGAAGGAGACAGCGGUGCUCGGGGUCACCAAGGUGCCUUCACUGAUGCUGCUCCGCUCACAGAUGCGACACUGUGACAGACGUUUGGAGUGACAGGCGGGGGCGCGGUCUACAUGUCUCUCCCCCCGCCCCCGUGUUAACGAUGGCCCUGGCGCAAAGCGUUUCCACCUUUCGUUUUGUCGUUAGCAAGACAGUGCAUUUUCUGUCACUGCUGCUCAUCUUCGCUCUUCUGUAGUCUCAGUCUGAUACAGGCUACUCGCACGUAGGCUGUGCUCGGCUCCU